CCCUAUCUUGACCAAAUAAGAAUUUCUCUUCCCCAAGCAACUCACGAAUGAAAAUUUCUUUCAUCUUCAUGGCAGCGAAUUAAAAUCAAUAAUUUCUUUCCUUCUCACUUUGUCUUGGAAGGAAUCGAGAUGACAAAUUUUGUUUCCAUAAGAUUUUCUCUCCUCCCCAAGAAACUAAAGAAAGGAAACAUUCCAUGUGUGAGUAAAUUGCUUCUACUAUUUAAAGGGGUCACAAGGCUCUUUCAAUGGCACGAAUUUCAGCAGUGGAGAUCGACUUCUGCCUUUGUUUCUCUGUCAUUGGGUGUGUUUGACCGAAAUCUUGGGGAUCGUUUGAUCAGAGAUCGAUCGUCAUCCUCCAUAAUAGCUAGAAGCCAAAUUCCACACCUUUUGGAUACUACUGAUUGGCCUUCUCUCCGGAGCACUUUCUUUUAGCUUUAAUAACAGAGCAAACAAAAGUUUUUUGCUUAGUUUGUCGUCUGGGAAUGAGCCGUCGGACUAGUUGUUGAUAGCCCUGGACACCCUUUUCUAAAAGUAGAUGAGCUUUGCACAAUCUCGGCAUCCUGAUCGAAUCCAUCCGAAUUCAGCAGCAAUGCUUGCAGUAUUUUGAAACUCUUCUCCAACAACACGAGAAUCCAGAGUCGAAAAUCUGGGAGCUGAGACCCGUUUUCUUUUCAGAGAAAAAUAGGACGCGACAUCAGGCGGCAAUUUGUUGAAGAAUUCAGACUUCGAUUUUGCAGCAGUCAUUGGCUUCUUUUUAGCGGGCGCAGCAACAGUCGGAACCGGCUUGGAGCGGGGUGGAGUUUAGAGGCUUCUCGCCGGAUUUCAGGAUGUGGGGACCGAAGUGGAGAAAGUAUGACAGCGAACCAUGGCAGCGGUGCGACAUCUAUCCGAGGCAACAGCGGCGUCGACAUAUUUU